AUGGUGACUUUUAUACGGACUAAUUUCGAACUUAAGACUCAUAUUCCAUAUUUAGUCAUUAAUUCGGUUGCAAGUUGUUGUAUUAAAUGUUUUGGAAAUAAUGAGAAGUUGUUAGAGUACCGGAAAUGGGCUAUAGCCCAUAAAGAAAUAGAAGCAAUAGAAGCAGUAGACUUUGAUAAAUGUAGAUUAGAUUAUAUUGAUAAAGACAUAAUAUUAUCAUUGAGAAUAGCUAGAAACAACAUCUUUCAUUUAUGUCAAAUAUUUAAAGAUAUGAUAUUACAAGCAAUUAGAAUGAUUUAUUCGCAUUUUAUUGUAGAAUUCUAUCGUAAUGGCAAUUUACCGCAAAUAUUUUCACAAUCUCAAUCAAUAUUACUUGGUCCACUGACUGAAUUAAGCCAAUUCACUCACACCGGUUACAAUAUUCUCUGUUGGUAUGAGAAGGAAAUAUUAGAAAAUUUAAAAUCUUAUUGGCCAAACCUUAUUCUACAAACUGAAUAUACUGAAGAAUCUAUGAGAUUAACUAUUUGCGGUUAUGUCUCUAAAAAAUUGAUUUUAAAACCUCAUCAUAAUAGAAGUUAG